CCUCCGGGAUUCCUAGAGAGGACUCGGAAGUGCUCUCGGCGGUGGGAUUGAUGGCUCGACUCCGUUGGACAGGGAACGCUUGGACUUGCUUACUUCCGGCGAGGAAGUGUUGCGAAGUGUAGGCUUCGGUUUUCUCUCCGUUUGUAGGAAGAAACCUAUCUUCCCAACCUGCUGCGAGAGCUUGGUCUUCCAGGAGAGCUCCCUGGGACUGGUGCCUUGAGGGAAGAGAAUGGGUUUUGUAUCCAGACGGGUAUCCUGUGUCUAACCUUGACCGGCCCGUUUUCCGUGUCUUUGGGGUCAGGGGCGAUUCAGAGGAAUACAGGUCCCAAUCUGUACUUGUAACUCAGCUUCUCUUCGGAACCAAUGAAGUCUCCUGUUGGUCCGUCAUGCUCUUGUGGCAUGAAGGACAGGACCAGUUUUGACCAUUGUAAUAUUUUUGACCCGUGUUGUAAGUUUGGCUUGUAGUCAAAAGGAAAGACUGCGUCUGGACUACUUAGUAUAGGUUGCACGCUAAUGAAACUGCCCUUCAGAAGAUUUUAAAGAGCAGAAACCAGAUUUGAUCUGUGUGACACAGCUAACCUGGAGAGACAUCCCUCUGAGUUGGAAUGAUAAUGACAGAGUCUGGGGAAGUUAUAGACUUAGACCCUCCCGCUGAGACUUCACAGGAGCAAGAAGACCUUCUAAUAGUGAAGGUGGAAGAAGAAGACUGUACCUGGAUGCAAGAGUACAACCCUCCAGUGUUUGAGACUUUUUACCAGCGCUUCAGGCACUUCCAGUACCAUGAGGCAUCAGGCCCCCGGGAGGCCCUGAGCCAGCUCCGGGUGCUGUGCUGCGAGUGGCUGAGGCCCGAGCUGCACACCAAGGAGCAGAUCCUGGAGCUUCUGGUGCUGGAGCAGUUCCUGACCAUCCUACCGGAAGAGUUCCAGACCUGGGUGAGAGAACAUCACCCGGAAAGUGGAGAAGAGGCCGUGGCUGUGGUAGAAAAUAUACAGAGAGAGCUAGAGGAACGCAGACAACAGAUCGUGGUGUGUCCUGAAGUGCUUCCUCAGAAGAUGGUACCACCUGGAGUUGUUCAGGAGUCCCCCAGCCACCAGCUCCUGUCUGUGGACCCCCCAUCUGAACAGGAGCCACAGAAGCCUCAUCUUCUGGAGGAAAAUGCCCUACCUGCUCUCCAAGUUCCUCCCCUUCCCCUGAAGGACAGCCAGGAGCUGACAGCCUCACUUCUCUCAGCUGGGUCCCAGAAGUUGGUGAAAAUUGAAGAUGUGGCUGAUGUGGCUGUAUCCUUCAUCCUGGAGGAAUGGGGACAUUUGGACCAGUCUCAGAAGUCACUCUAUAGGGAUGACAGGAAGGAGAAUUAUGGGAGUAUUCCUUCCAUGGAUUAUGAGUCUAGGAAUGACAACGUGGAACUCAUGGUAAAGCAGAUUUCUGAUGAUGCUGAAGCUCACUGGAUGACGUCAGCAAGCACCGAAAGAAAUGUUCCCCAGAGUCAAGGGUUUGGAGAAGUUAGUGACCUUCACGGCAUGGUAGAAAGGUGGCAGGUAAACCCCGCUGUGGGGAAAUCAAGGCAGAACUCUUCCCAGAAAAGAGAUCUUGGUUCCAUCACAGAUGCUAACCGUAAGCAAAAUACAAGCACAAGUGGCGAGAGAGGUCACAAAUGUAACGAUUGUGGUAAAUUUUUCCUUCAAGCCUCAAACUUCAUUCAACAUCGGCGAAUCCACACUGGAGAAAAACCGUUUAAGUGUGGCGAAUGUGGGAAAAGCUACAAUCAGCGUGUGCACCUGACACAGCAUCAGCGUGUCCACACUGGCGAGAAACCGUACAAGUGUCAGGUGUGCGGAAAAGCCUUCCGCGUGAGCUCGCACCUUGUCCAGCAUCACAGUGUGCACAGUGGGGAGAGACCCUACGGAUGUACCGAGUGUGGGAAAAACUUUGGCCGGCACUCCCAUCUGAUUGAGCACCUGAAGCGCCACUUCAGAGAGAAAUCCCAAAGAUGCAGUGACAAAAGAAGUAAGAAUACAAAAUUGAAUGUUAAGAAGAAAAUUUCAGAAUUUUCAGAAGCAGACGUGGAACUAUCAGGAAGAAUCCAAAGGAAUGCUUCUCAAGUGCAAGAUUUUGGAGAAGGCCAUGAACAUGCAGGCAAGUUGGAUAGAAAGCAGGGAGUUCCCAUGAAAGAGAUACUAGGACAGCCUUCUUCAAAGAGGAUAAAUUUCGGUGAAGUCACAUACGUGCACAAAAAAUCAUCCACAGGAGAGAGACCACAUAAAUGUAAUGAAUGUGGAAAAAGCUUCAUUCAGAGUGCACAUCUGAUUCAACAUCAGCGAAUACACACGGGGGAGAAGCCAUUUAGGUGCGACGAAUGUGGGAAAAGCUACAAUCAGCGUGUGCAUCUGACUCAGCAUCAGCGGGUCCACACUGGUGAGAAACCCUACACCUGUCAUUUAUGUGGGAAAGCAUUUAGAGUGAGGUCUCAUCUUGUUCAGCAUCAGAGUGUGCACAGCGGGGAGAGACCCUUUAAGUGUAAUGAGUGCGGCAAGGGCUUUGGGAGGCGGUCACACCUUGCUGGGCAUCUGAGACUCCACUCUAGAGAGAAGUCCCAUCAGUGCCAUGAAUGUGGAGAAAUCUUUUUUCAGUAUGUUAGCCUCAUUGAACAUCAGGUGCUCCACAUGGGUCAGAGAAAUGAAAAAAAUGGCAUUUGUGAGGAAGCAUAUAGUUGGAACUUGACAGUGAUUGAAGAUAAGAAGAUUGAGUUACAAGAGCAGCCUUAUAAGUGUGAUAUCUGUGGCAAAGCCUAUAGUUAUAGUUCAGACCUUAUUCAGCAUUACCGAACUCACACUGCAGAGAAAACCUAUAAAUGUGAUAUAUGUAGAGACAACGUUGGCCAGUGUUCCCACAUAAAACAUCAAAAACCCUACUCCAAUGUGAAAUCCCAUCAAUGUCAUGAAUGUGGCAGAGCCUUCACUCUGAAGUCCCAUCUUAAUCAGCAUCAGAGAAUCCAUACAGGUGAGAAACCCUUUCAGUGUAAAGAGUGCGGAAUGAGUUUCGGUUGGAGUUGCAGCCUCUUUAAACAUCUGAGAAGUCAUGAGAGGACAAAUCCCAUAAAUACCUUAAGUGUCUAGAUGUUUCUGGUGUAGAACAGCUCUUACUCAAGUUUAGGAAAGCCUUCCUAAGGGAAACCUUACUUCUAUAUUGAAUGUAAUAACAGCAACUUCAAGCAUUUUCUCCAGCAUAACCGUCAAACCUACUGAUAUGUUGAAAUCCUUCAGUUAGAACUUAGGGACGCUGGAGAAUCCACAAUAAAUAGAUAUGUUUGCUUUCCCCAUCAAGAAAUGGUUUCGUUAGCAGCUUCAUGCUUAAGGAUCUAGACAAGAGAGCACCCAUGGAUAAUGGUGGAUGAAGGAAAGCCUUGAGAUGACACUCAUUCUUCUGUUGAAUCUCAGAACGUUGACACUGACAAAAGCCUCAUGAAUGCAGUAGAAAUAAGCUUUAUUUGUAGUUUCUGCCUUGUUUGACAGCUUCUUCAGGGAAGAACACAGUGAAGGGAAGAGAGAACUCUAAAGCAUGAUAGCUAUUCUGGUACCUCAGCAACCAACCUUUUCUAGAAAUGAUUAUCCCAGCCACUAGAAUGCUCCAGCCAUUCUUCUCAUCUUGAGUAUUAAAGCUUUGAAAAGAAAUCGACUUAAGGUAUUUAUAUUCUGGCAAAAUUGGGGUUCAGAGGCUGGAUGGUAUGUGUUCCUGCUGCAUUAUUUAGUCUCAGACUUCUCCAUGAAACCUCUACCUUGUUUUUGUUUUGAUUCUACUAGUGUCAGUUGGCUAGGAGUUAAGUGUGUAAAUUCAGGAGAGAAACUGUGUUGGUUGGUCACAUCUUGAGGAGAAGGGAGAGGGACCUUAGGGGAAUAGAGAAGAGAAGACGGGCCAAACUGUGGGCUGGUUUUUAUUAUGUUACCCACAAGAAAGAGGGCAGCUGUAUCCAGGGAAGGAAUUGGACCAAGCUGAAUUAAGAAUCUUGGGUGCAAGCAGUAUGUGUAGCAAUUCCCAGUUGCCCUGGAGAUAGACCUGCAGAAGAUAACAGUGUGCAGAAUAAGUGUCAGUUUGAGUUGCAGUUGGGUUGGAAAGUAAACAGUCAUUAGGAGAAGAAAGGUACAUGGUCUGGUUAGCCCUGCCUUGUGGGAAGGUCUAGGGGAAAGAAGAUGACAUGGGAUAAGUUAAUUUGAGCCUCUUUGCUAGAGACAGGAAGAGAGUGUGCCUCUGGGCACUGCUUCUGCUGACUGCUGGGCUUACAAGAAACACCCAAUAGAUCCUGUUGACUGUGUAUGUUGUACGCUGGUGCCCUGCCCAGAUCCCCUUACCAAAUUGGCCUGCCUGUCCCCCAGUUACUCUGAGUUUUAGCUGCUGGGUGCUCACCACUCUCCUCCUUCUCCAGACACUCUGGAGAAUUGUCCUCAGAUGAUGGGAGCUGCCUCGCUGGAGUUAUCUGCCCUCCACACCCCCUAGUCAGUGGCAUUAAUAUGGCGUCCAAAAGGCUGAUUCACUAGGUCUCAGUGGGGGAUGGGAGAACCUGUGGUUCAGUUUUAUGCUCCAGAACCCUCCCUUUGUGGGUCAGGCCAGACUUUAUCUGAGACUACAUCCAUGUGUGAGUAUCACAGGGCCUCAUUAGUAGCAUUUAAGGAGUCCCCUGCAAACAAUCACAAAUGAAGGUCCAGGUGUAAGACUUAAUUGAGAACGAAAACUGCAGUGAAGACUAUCGUUAAUGUUUAUUGAGGAUUUACCAUGUUCUAAACAUCAUGUGCUUUACGUGGAUCAUCUUGAAUCCUCAUAUUAAUGAGGUGGUUUUACUUAGCACCCUCAUUUUACAGUUGGGAAAAACUGAAGUUUCGAAUAGUUCAUUCAGUUGCCCAAAGUCACGCAGCCAGUAUGUGGCAGAACUAGCAUUUGAACCCAGCCAGACCACUUUGCCUCCAAAAACUAAGCUCGUAAGCACUAACCUGUAUUAUGUCUUACAUUAUUAAACAUCAAACAUUA